UGCCCCCUUUAUAGCCUGGGGAAAAUGAAAAAUAUUGUAGCUAUUUGGGAAGUUAAUUUAAGUGACGGACUCCACAAGAUUGAAUUUGAACAUGGGACCACAUCAGGAAAACGAGUUGUGUAUGUGGAUGGGAAGGAACUGAUAAGAAAAGAGUGGAUGUUUCAUUUGGUGGGCGAAGAAACCUUCUGUAUUGGAGCUACAAAAACCAAAGCCACCAUACAUAUAGUUUCUGGCAAAGGUUACGCUUUCAAAUAUAGUCUAGAGAUUGAGGGGAAAAGCUUCAGCAAGUAUGUGGAGAACAGAUCAAAAACCACCAACACCUGGGUAUUAUCUCUGGAUGGGCAGAACUUUACAAUUGUUUUGGAAAAGAACACUAUGGAUGUUUGGUGCAAUGGUAAAAUAUUAGAGACAGCGGGCGAGUUUGUAGAUGACGGGACCGAAACACACUUCACCGUUGGGAACCAUGACUGUUACAUAAAGGCUGUCAGCAGCGGGAAGAGGAGGGAAGGGCUUAUCCACACGCUCAUAGUGGACAACAGGGAAGUCCCAGAGCUCGCUCAGUGACGGCCUGUCAGUGACUUCUGAACUCAAGGGGUCACAUCAGGACUUGCUAAUGGCUGUGGUAAUAAAUGUGCUCAAUGUGUACAUGUCGGUAGAUUUAGCCUGCAAUGUUUUUAUUUUUAUCUUUUGUUACGUGAAAUUGUAAUAUUCCAAUG